AUGGCGGGCCGAAGUGGAGCAGCUCCUCGCGGCUGCAACAAUCCCAACGUGCCGCUGCUGCCCCUCCGUGCUACGGUGCCCUACCAGCUGCUGCUCAAGACGGCCCCCCCCCCCCACCCCCCAAAAAAAGCAGAACGGACCCUGGCCCGCCCGCCCAAGCCCACCAUGCGGCGGACCCUCUCCUUGGAUGCCAUCCUCGCACCAUACCUGCAGGGACAGUGGCCCAAAGAGCCCACUGAGGGCCUGGCGGGGACCUGUGUCAGUGACAAGGCCACACAGACGCCAUCUUGUUGGGCGGAGGAGACGCAGGCCAGAAGAAGUUUCGGCGGUCACAAGCGUUCUGCAUCAUGGGGCAGCGCUGAGCACCUGAAGGAGGUGGCCAAGCUGAGGCAGCAGCUGCAGAAGCGAUCUCGCCACGCCGCUCCCACCACGGCAGGGUACGAACUGUCACAUCAUCCGCUGACGGCGGGCCACGCGGCGGGCAUCACCCAGACACCACCUCUGGUGCCGCUGAGCAGACUGGCUUCACGGCUUCGGCGGAGCGUCGAGGGCCUCAACUUAGAGCUGGAGGAGGUGUUUGUGUCGGAGAAGCGUGACGACCAGCAUGAGCUUUUGGACAUCCCGGACGGACACAGGGCUCCCGCUCCGGUCCAGAGGUGCAGCAGCGGCUCCCAGAGCGAGUCGUCGCCGGGGCCCUUGGAUCUUUCCUUGCUGUCUCCUUCUCAGUCGCCGUGUCCAUUGGAUCCUUCCCUGCUAUCUCCGUCCACCUCACCAUGUCCUUUGAACCCUUCGCUCUUCUCCCCUCCCCAAUCACCAGAGUCUGCUACUCGUGAGGCCCUUGGUCGGUCUCCUUCCACGCUUUUCUCUUCAUGUGGAGCGGAUCCUCCAGGGCUGCCACCGUACUCAUCCUCCCCCUCGCCGCUGCUGCCGCCAUGUCCCGGCCAAACCUUCUCCUUCCAGCGGCAGCCGCCAGAAGGCUGCGAGCCGCUUCCAAUGUGCCAGGACACAAUGUCCGCCUGCCUGGACGAGGCCCCCCGCCUCCAGCCGUCCUGCCCCGACCUCAACAAGGUGAACUUCACCCCGCACGGAGGCUCUGCUUUCUGCCCCGUCAGCCUCCUCAAGCCCCUCCUGCCCUCCAUGGACCUGCUCUUCCGCGGCCUGUCCGUCUCCCCUGUCACCGGAUGCCCGGGCCAGGCGUCUCCCACCAGGCAGCUGGGCAUGCAGUGAGGAUGAAGACCACCUUGGUGGACUAAACCACUCUGAGUCUACUUAGGGGUUUGCUGCCUCGUCACUGUAGCCUUGACCACGGACUUGUGAAUGACUACCCAAAUGUUUUGUGGCUUUGUUACUGUAUUGUGAUCCGACCCAUUGAUUUUUGAAUGGCUACUUUUCUACAAAUUUCUUACUAAGGAGAUUUAAAGUAUAUAGUUUUUGUAGCUUUCUUAAAAGUCCUGUGUUUCUAUUUGCAUCAAGCAGGAGAAAUCAACUCAUUUUUAUGUUUAUACUGUGACCACCAUUAUAAACAGGAAGGAUUUUAUUAGCUUUAAUGGCCUAUAGGGGGCUUCUUUCUCAUCAAAACAUUAGAAAAGCAACACAUAAAUUGAAUUUAUGUACAGUUUGGUUUUCAUUCAAACUACGAACUAUGCCCGUGCUUCUGUUGAUUGUAUACUGUACAUCUAUAAAGUGACAAGAAAGCUUUCCAUUUUAUUCUCAGUGAUGUG